CCCCCCCCCCUUCCUGCAUCUAGAACAGUCGUCCCAGUCACCAGACGACUCACCCGUUGAACGUAUUGUUCCCCUCGCCACCUCGUCACGAUGGAUUACCAGCAGCAAGCACCCAUGCAACCGCAGCCGCAGCCACAGCCGCAGCCGCAGCCGGAGCAGAAGCAGCCGGGGCAGCACCAGCACCAGCAGCCGCAACAGGAGUAUGUCCAAGGAGGCAACAUCCAGACCCAAGAAUGGCAGUCCGGCCUCAUGAACUGCGGGCCGUGCGACACCUGCAUCGUGGGGACGUGUCUCCCCUGCCUACUCGUCGGCAAGACCUCUGAGCGCCUGCGCGACCCGACGAUGCAGACGUACGAGGCCAUCAACACCGACUGCCUCCUCAUGUUCGGCAUCAGCUGUCUCACCGGCUGCGGCUGGAUCUACGCCAUGAUGAAGCGCACCGAGAUCCGCGAGCGCUUCGGCAUCAAGGGCUCCGGCGCCUCGGACUGCUGCGUCGCCUACUGGUGCGCCUGCUGCGCCAUCAUCCAGCAGGACAAGGAGGUUCAGGCGCGCAUGUCGACGGGGCCCAUCAGCCAGGGCUACCAGCCGCAGAAGGAGGGCAUGACCAUGCCCGCUCCGCACAACUGAGCGUGGCGGCGCGCCGCGGGAGAGAAGGGUUGGGUUGACUGGCCUGGGAGGCAACAAUGGGUCUUCGACCUUUUUUUCUCUCUUCUUCUUCUUCUUCCUUUGUUUUUUUUUUGUUAUGAAUAUGGAUAUGGACGGUCAAUGGAUGGAUAUGGUAUACCCGUGGGAAUGGACGCUGAGGACCGCCGACUCGGUAAGCAGACGGCAGUCGACAAACAUAGGCAGUGAAAUAGGCAAAUAGCUUUGGUAUUCCUCGCUUGCGGCGCCGAGCUUGGUCGAAACACUGUGUUCUUCUGGUGACUCUUCGCAUUAUGGCCUAGUAUCUGUCUCAGCCACGGCCCAAUGUUUGUCUCAGUCACGGCAUAUCCACUGGAAGAACCCUCAUGAUGUGCGUUGCCGUUGGUGACUCACCAUUUCGGUGCUACAUUCUCCACAAGAAUGAAACGACUUCAAUGUGGCCCCGUAUUCUCCC